AUGGCCGCACCUAUAGACGAACCAUGUCUGUCACGAGCAGAAAAUCUCCCCUCCGAAGAACAUGAACGACUCCUAUCUGAGCGCGACGAGCUCGGCGACCCAAAACCACCCGAGCAAUUGUCCACACCCGGCCUACUCCUCCUCACAUGUCCCAGCCUCGGGCUCCAAGUCAGCUGGUUUCUACUACAGUCCAGCGGCACGCCCUACCUCGGCUCCCUCGGCAUGACCCCUUCCUCCAUAUCCCUCACCUGGGCCCUGGGACCCAUCUUCGGUGCCUUCCUCCAGCCCAUAAUCGGCCAGCUGAGCGACGAGCUUGACCACCCGCUCGGCCGCCGGAAGCCCGUCAUGAUCGCCGGCGCGCUCACCACAGUCAUCCCCACCCUGCUCAUGGCCUGCGCCCCCGAGCUCACCGCGCCCUUCACCGAAAACCCGGCCGCAAACCCCUGGCAGCCACGCGCACUCGCCGUCGCCUGCCUGGUGAUUAUUUUGUUGGCAAUAAACGCCUACUCCGUCGGUGUCCGCGCCAUCGUCGUCGACGCCUGUCCGCCGUCCCAACAACCCGCCGCCGCCGCCUGGUCCAUGCGCUGGAACGUUCUCGGAUCCGCCGCUCUCUCCACCGCGGGCUUCGUCUACACCACACAAUCUUCAGAAACCGACCCCGUGGUCGCGUUCCGCACGCUGGCGUGCGUCGCGGCGAUCUGUUCCGCGACCACCGUCGGGCUGGUCUGCUGGUUAGUGCCGCGGGAUGCCACGCCGCCUCUCCGGCUGUCCGGGUCCGGGUCCGAGAUCGGGCGGGUCUGGGCCAUGUGUCUGCCGGGCGAGCUGGUGCGGCGCUGGCGGCGGCUGCCGCCGCUAACGGGGAGAGUAUGCGGCGUGCAGCUAUUUGGGUGGUUUGGGUGGUUUCCGGUGUUGUUUUACAUGUCCACGUAUGCUUACGAAACAGCAUUAUCGGAAUCCCUCCAAGCCUCCAACCUCGAACCUUCCCCCGCAGAAACCCACGCAAAACCCUACCCCCUCUACGCAUCCCUCUCCUUCUCCCUAGGAACCCUCCUGUCCACCGUCCUCCUGUCCUGCCUCUCCCGCAUCCACACCGUCCUUAACCCCCGCAACCUCCCGCGCCUCUGGUUGGUCUCCCAACUCCUCGCAACCACCUCCCUCCUCCUCACAAUCCCCUUCCAAACCUCCACAGUCUCCCUCAUCCUCCUCUCCCUCAUCGGCGCAACCUGGGCUGUGACAAUGUGGAUUCCGUUCGCGCUGAUCAACACCGAACUCGCCCAUGUGCGAACCGGCGUGGCGGGCGUCCAAGGGCUGCACAAUAUGGCAAUUUCGCUCCCGCAGGUUGCCAGCGCGCUGGUUUGCGCGGCGGUGCUGGCGGGGUUGGAUUCGGUUGGGGUUGGACGGGGUGCGGUGUGGUUGAUGAGGCUGGCGGCGGUGCCAGUUGCGUGGUCGACGUGGCUGAUUUGGCGGCUAGAUGCAAAAGAGUUGGUGGGUGUUUAUUAG